AAUGGUGGUAUCAGGAUAAAUGUCGUGUAGUGUUAUCAUUGUCAACUCGAAAUACAGCAAGAUUUCAUGACCGAGAAGGAUUUCAGACAUCCUUGAGAAGUAAUAUAAGCACCAAGAAGAUGACUCUUGCAGCCUACAAAGAGAAGGUGAAAGAACUCCCUCUGGUGUCUCUGUUCUGCGCCUGCCUGAGGCCACAGAAUGUAGAGAAGGCUACAUACAAGGCAGAAGGUAAAAUUGAUCUUUUAACAUUAAAUAUGGAUCAAAGUAAUAAUCUAUACAUCUCAGAUGCGGUGGAUUUGGGAUGGAGUGCCAUAAAGGAUGUGGAGGUCAAAGAGCUGAAUAAGAGGGCAUCGGGUCAGGCGUUCGAGGUCAUCCUGAAGCCGCCGUCAUUUGACAGCUUGCCAGAGCUCAAUACAUGCAUGCCUCAGCGCAGAGACCCCUCCCUGGAGGAGAUCCAGAAGAAGCUUGUGGCUGCCGAGGAGAGGCGAAAGUGUCAGGAGGCCGAGCUGCUGAAGCACCUGGCAGAGAAGAGGGAGCACGAGCGAGAAGUGAUCCAGAAGGCCUUUGAGGAGAACAACAACUUCAUCAAGAAUGCCAAGGAGAAGCUGGAGCAGAAGAUGGAGGCUAACAAGGAGAACAGGGAGGCCUUGUUGGCUGCCAUGCUAGAGAGGCUGCAGGAGAAGGACAAACACGCAGAAGAGGUGAGGAAGAACAAGGAGCUGAAGGAGGAGGCCUGCCGAUAGAUGAAUGUGAGGGAAAGAGAGGAGGACGAGGCCCGUGAGCGUAGAUAGAGAUUGUGUUUCUUAAAAAUCAGUGCAAAGCAAUCCAGGAGGAAAAGAAGAACUAAUAAGGUGACUCAAAAGAAGAGGAAAGGCUUUCAUGUUGAUAUAUGCCACUGCAAGCUGUACAAAGCUUCAUUUACACCUAAUGUUCAACAAAAGAUUUUUUUCUCUCUUGGCAAACGGGUGAUGGUGGGUGAAAGAUUUCAUUAUCGACUAGAGGAUGGAUAAUUCAAAUAACUACUCACUGCAUUUAUUUUUUUUGGGGAGGGUGAAUCACUUUACCAUGCAUCAUACACAAUUUUGCUGCCGGCCUGUGAAUCGUUACAAGAUUAAACUUUGAGUGAUACUUCCUGACAAUAUUGUCACUCUAUGCUACUUAUUUUAGGCACUCACUUUUUUUUUUUCAAUAAUGUGAGAAUAGAUCCAGAGAAGAGCCUUUUGCAUUUCAUGUACUGGUAGUUCAUGGGUCUUGUGAAAAUUGUGAAGAAAAAUGAAAAAAUAUAUCAUAAUAAUAACAUAAGUGAAGAAUGGUAAAUUAAUCUAAAUCCACUCAAAGUCUUCUUGUUUUUUUAUAAUUACUCCGCUUAGUUUUUUCCAAUAGCAAACUCCAACAAUUAGUCCAUCUUGAGGCAAAACUGCCCGCUUAGUGAGUAGCAGGGUAAAUAAAAUUGGCAAGCACACAUUCAGCUUCUGCUCCUUCUGUAUAUAAAUUAAUCGCAUUCUUACCAGGGAUACAAUUGUGAAAAUGACUCAUUUCAUGUUCAAUUCAACUGUUUAGGCACAUGUUGAACAGAAAUUGGGUUGUGGGGGGGUUCAACUGCUGUAUUUUGGAAUUUUCAGGGUCUUACGGGUCACUUGAUGUAGUUUAGUUGGUAAUUCUCUUCAUUUUGAGCACGGAUUGUACUCUUAUUUUAUCAAGCACAACUCCGAAGCACACAUGCUUACAUGAUGGACAAAAUAAGAAGAUUUGUAGGCAAAAUGUUUGGGUUCGCUGGUGUUCAGCUUUGGCAUGCGUCACUGAUGUCAGUUUGUGAAAGAUAAAAAAAAAAAAAGAUAAAAGAUUGAUGUCGUUUGCUUGAGUUGUCGCGUCAUACGGCCUUUUCUUGAAAUGCUGAUUGAAUUGUUUGCACUGUAAUUUUGAAAAAUGUGUCAAUUUGAGUGUAUCCAUUUGGCAUGUUGAGUAAAAAAAACUAGCUUGAAUGA